AAUCGCUAUCCUCCUCCUUCAGUAUCAGUACUAGUUGUGGAGUUAAUUAAGAGUCCUUUUGCUUUUGGUUAACAAAAUCUCAAUCAUUUGGCGCAGCCAAAGCCAAAUGCCAAAUGCCAAAUACCAAAUACCAAAAGCCUGAGACUGAGAGAGAAUGCCUAAGCCAUUUCAAUAAGAAAUUAAGACAAUGAUUCUAAUUACUACUAGUGAUCUCAACAAAAAAAUGUCAAGCGAACUCUGGCUUAUUACAACCGAGCCAUCGUUAACUAAGAUUCACAGACAGAAUUUAAUAAGACCUUGAAAAAAUAAAAAAUAAAAAAAGAACAUUUUAAUUUUGUCUGUCAUGUCUCUUUUUUCUCUUUGUCCACCGUUUCAUCUGCUGCUUUCCAUAUUCCAUUCGAAGAUCUCCUCUCCUAUCUCUCUCCGGAGUUUUACUUGAAAGAUUGUAUAUGUCUCGUUCUAUCCAUUAGUUUGGUGGAUUGGAUUUGGCAUAGUUCCUAUAACCAAAAGCAGUGGGGAUAAUUUCUCUAUACUGUUAAAUUGAGAAGAAUAGAUUGAUGGAUUCCAGAUAUCAAAACAAGAAUACGUUAUGGAAGCCAAUUUUGUUUUCAAAUGUGAGUUCUUGUUUUCUUCUAAGAGAACGAAAGAAGUCACCUUGAAAAGACAUGGAGAAUGUAUUGGAUGCUUUCAUUUGAAGUCAUUUCCUUGUAUGUCAAUCUAAGCUUAGAAACUUCCAAAUACUUAAGCCCUUUACCAAAUCAUUGCAUAUUUGACCUGCCAAUCUGAUAGCUUGAUGAAGGUUGGGUUACCGUCUACCAUCAUGAAUCGCCAUAAUGUCAUAUCUAUAACACAAAGUGAGGCUGUAAAAGGAGCCACACAGCCAUACUGUUCUGCUCUAUCACCAGUACAUGACUUUUUGAAUGUUCAAUCAGAAAGCCAGAGGUUAUUUUCCAGUGAAUGUUCAUCUGCACAUCCAUCACCUUUCAUACGAGCAGAGUCUCUUAGUUCUCCUACUCAUAUGCAAGAAUCUUCCAUACAACCUCAAAAGUACUCUUUCAGAUCUGAUUCAAACAGUUCUAUGUUUCCUGGUUCUAAUGUUCAGCAUCCUAAGAGUGAAUUUUCACGUUCUUCUGUCUUCUGUACCAGUUUAUAUCAGUCAUCUUCUACUAGCUCAGAGACAAGUCGACAGCUUGGCAAUCUGCCAUUUCUGCCACAUCCUUCAACAUGCAACCAGCCAAUUUCUGCAGCUGUUUCUACAAAAUCUACACUGCUUUACAGUGGUGAUUUAAGCGAUCAAUAUGAUGAGGAGCAAUCAGAGGCUCUCAUGAAAGACUUUCUCAACUUGUCAGCAGAUUCUUCUAAUGGUAGCUUUCAUCAUGGUUUUGGUUGUUCUAGUGACAGUCUAGCACUCACAGGGCAAUUGGAGCUACAUUUUUUGUCUGAUGAGCUUGACAUAGCUAUCACUGAUCAUGGAGAAAAUCCCGGACUUGAUGAGAUAUAUGAAACACCUCAACCUUCUUCAAAACCCGCCUUAGGAUUGACAUGCAAUCAGAGUAGUCGAGCAACGACACCAUCUGUUGAUGAACUUUCAAACCACCUGUCUUCUGGUACUGCAACUGCUCAUAAACCAAGAAUGCGAUGGACUCCUGAGCUCCAUGAGCGUUUUGUAGAGGCUGUUAAUAAGCUUGAUGGGGCUGAAAAGGCGACUCCAAAGGGCGUACUAAAGCUUAUGAAUGUUGGAGGUUUGACCAUUUAUCAUGUGAAAAGCCACUUACAGAAAUACCGACUUGCAAAGUAUAUGCCAGAGAAAAAAGAAGAAAAGAAGGCUUCCAGCUCUGAAGAGAAGAAAAUAGCUUCAAGUGGCAGUGAAAGUGAUGGACGAAAGAAGGGGAGCGUUCAAAUCACUGAGGCUCUGCGCAUGCAAAUGGAAGUCCAGAAACAACUACAUGAGCAGCUUGAGGUUCAAAGAGCACUUCAAUUGCGAAUUGAAGAGCAUGCAAGAUACUUGCAAAAGAUUUUGGAGGAACAACAGAAAGCUGGCGGUGCCUUGAUAUCUACACAAGCUUUAUCAUCAUUGUCAGAUUCAGAACACCAGCCUUCUCCAUUAGCUGAGUCAGCUAAGUCCGACUCAUCAUCACCUAAGCGGCUGAAGCAGAAAGCUACUGAGAGUAAUGAACUAGAAUGCACCAAAAGGCUCCGUCUUGAAGAGAAGCCUGAAUCAGCAAGAGAUGACAUUGCAGCUGUUGAAAAUCCUGAGCAAUAACAGUUGUUCUACUACUUCGUCUACCCUCUCUCUCUCUCUCUUGUCCUUAUUAUGUCUACCAUUUUAUUACAGCUUGAUCAGGUGUUGUAAAUCUAAUUAGUCCAUUGUAAAUUUAAUUAGUAAAUUAAUUGAGAUUUGCUUUGGCUUUCUAGUA